CACCAGUGUCCCCCAAUGUCCCCUGGUGUCCCCCAAUGUCCCCUGGUGUCCCCGUUGUCCCCACAGAAGCGCUGGGCCAACGAGCGGCUGCUGCAGAGCAAGAAGAGCCUGGCGGAGGAGGAGAACCUCUACGAGGGGCUGAACCUGGAGGAGUGCUCCAUGUACGAGGACAUCUCGCGCGGGCCCCAUGUCACCUACCAGGACGUGGGGACGCGCGAUGUCACCUCCCCGGGGCUGGAGAAGCCCUGAGGGGACGGGGACAGCGUGGGGACAUCUGUGGGGACAGCGUGGGGACAUCUGUGGGGACAUCUGUGGGGACAGCGUGGGGACAUCUGUGGGGACAUCUGUGGGGCUGCGUGUCCCACCGGGGCUUUGCGUCCCCGUCUUUGUCACCGAGUUCGUGUCACAUCCUCAGCCUUGUCACCCCCACACUUUGUCACCCCCACACUUUGUCACCCCCCAACUUCAUCACCCCUCCACUUUGUCACCCCCACACUUUGUCACCUCCCCAACUUUGUCACCCACCAGCUUUGUCACCCCCACACUUUGUCACCCCCCAACCUCGUCACCCCUCCACUUUGUCACCCCCACACUUUGUCACCCAACUUUGUCACCCCUCCACUUCAUCACCCCCACACUUUGUCACCUCCCCAACUUUGUCACCCAUCAGCUUUGUCACCCCCACACUUUGUCACCCGCCAGCUUUGUCACCCCUCGACUUUGACACCCCCACACUUUGUCACCCAACUUUGUCACCCCCACACUUUGUCACCCCCCAACUUCGUCACCCCUCCAUUUUGUCACCCCCACACUUUGUCACCUCCCCAACUUUGUCACCCAUCAGCUUUGUCACCCCCCACACUUUGUCACCCAACUUUGUCACCCCUCAACUUUGUCACCCGCCAGCUUUGUCACCCCCCCAACUUCGUCACCCCUUGACUUUGUCACCCCCACACUUUGUCACCCACCAGCUUUGUCACCCCCACACUUUGUCACCCCCCAACUUCAUCACCCCUCCACUUUGUCACCCCCACACUUUGUCACCCCCCAACUUUGUCACCCCUUGACCUUGUCACCCCCACACUUUGUCACCC